UGGGGGCAGGUGCUUUGCUCCCACGGCACGUGCGUACAGGAGUGCCUAGUCUGGGCUUCCCGGCAUACACUGCGGCGGGAUCGGGCGGCCCUUCCGCUCCCGGCGACGCCACUUCCACCGCUGCGCUGGGGGAGGGUUCAGAGCGCGACAGGCAACAUGGCUGUGUCCGUGGAUGGUGGGAGCGAGACUGCCGCUGCGGCUCGGGCCAAGCGCUCCGCUAAAAAGAAAGCGGGAAACGUGGAUGAAUCGCAACUUCUCACUGUCCCCGACGGCUGGAAAGAAGCACCCUUUACAAAAGAAGAUAACCCAAGAGGACUUCUGGAAGAAAGCAGUUUCGCAACUCUGUUCCCAAAGUACAGAGAGGCUUACUUGAAAGAGUGCUGGCCACUGGUGCAGAAAGCCUUGAAUGAACAUCAUAUAAAUGCGUCGUUGGAUUUAAUUGAAGGUAGCAUGACUGUCACCACAACUAAGAAAACCUUUGACCCAUAUAUGAUCAUCAGAGCAAGAGACUUAAUAAAGCUUUUAGCAAGAAGUGUUCCAUUUGAGCAGGCUGUGCGUAUCCUUCAGGAUGACAUUAUGUGUGAUAUCAUUAAAAUAGGAUCUCUAGUGAGAAAGAGAGAAAGGUUUAUAAAAAGAAGAGACAGACUUAUUGGGCCAAAAGGUUCUACUCUGAAGGCCCUAGAACUUUUAACAAACUGUUACAUCAUGGUACAGGGGAACACCGUUUCAGCUCUUGGACCUUUUAGUGGGCUAAAAGAGGUUAGAAAAGCUGUUUUGGACACCAUGAAGAAUAUACAUCCCAUAUAUAAUAUUAAGACUCUCAUGAUUAAAAGGGAGCUAUCAAAAUACCCUGAACUAAGAGGACAGGAUUGGGAAAGAUUUUUGCCGCGGUUCAAACACAAGAACUUGAAAAGACGCAAGGAGCCAAAGAAGAAAAAUAUUAAGAAGGAAUACACACCAUUCCCACCUCCACAGCCAGAAAGCCAGAUUGAUAAAGAAUUGGCAAGUGGAGAAUAUUUCUUGAAAGAGAGCCUGAAAAAAAGAAAGAGAGUAGAAGAGAAAAAGGCAAAACAAGCAGAAGCCAUUAGUAGGAGACAAGAGGAAAGAAACAAAGCUUUCAUCCCACCCAAGGAAAAGCCAGUUGUAAAGCCUAAGAAAGCUUCUACUGAAACAAAAAUUGAUAUUGAAGCUAUCAAGGAAAAGGUAAAGAAAGCAAAAAAGAAGAAGCUGGGAGCACUUACAGUGGAAGAAGCCAAACUAAAAAUUGCAGCAGAUGAAAAGAAAAAAAAGAAAUGAUUUCUUUGGGGACCAACAUUUUGUACUGUAUUUUGCAAAGAAACUUUUUGUACAUAGAAGGUAUAGGGCUGGGGUUAUCAGCAAUGUUAUGCUGCCUUGGAAUACAGAAGAAAAGACUAAAGAAUACACUCUCUUUCUGGUAUGCACAUGCUAGGAAUUUAUGAACAUAAAACAAGUUUUAAAAUCUUCAAGGCCUGAAAAGAAAAUAUUUUAGUUACGUAGGGGGUGACAAAGCAGGUAUGAGAAAGUAAAAUAGUAACUUUUUGUUCAUUUUAUCAUCUUGGGAAUGAUCCAGAGUUUAUAGCAUAAUACAAACAUCAGGAUGGGCAUUCAGAUGCAUAAUAUGAAUCGAGAAGUCAUAAGAAUUUGAUGAGAACAUUAUUUACAGGAAGCAUUUCUGUAAGGGUGAGGCAGAAUACAACAUGUAUGUAGAUAACAUUUGUAUGAACAUUUAAGUAUGUAUUUGUUUCUAUAAUUAUUUUUGCAUAACUGUGUUAGUGUUUUAAUACAAUGUUACGUCCCUUUUACCUAUUCAUCUUUUGCUCCUUAUAACAUGAUUGAAUGGUAUUGCUUUCUAGAAGUCCCUGAAAACACGUUGCUCAUUUUGUGGCAACAGAUUUGAAGCAAACUAAGUAUUUGGAAAAAACGUAACGUUCAGUAAAAACCUAGUUCAGUGAGAUUUCACACCUUGAGCUAAGAAAGAGAAGUAAAUGUGUGAGAAGCAUACUAAUCAAAGUGUUCAGCCUUUCUGGAAUACUGGAUGAUUGCCAUGCAUAAUUAUUUUAAAAUGGCAUUAAAAAAAACAAGAAUCAACAAUAGAAGUUGGAAAAGGAUUGGUUGAUGUCAUUUUUGAGUUGCAUUGAAGGUGUGAUUCACUUUUUUUUUUUUUUUAAUUUCAGUCACUAAGGCUAGGUAUACAAUGGCUUAUUAUUUGUGUUACUCUAACACCUGCUAAUAAAUUAGGACCCCAUGGUACAAACGCAACAAAGAGAGUGCCUGGCAAAAAAUAGCUUAUAAUCUAAAUAUGGGACAAACAAGGGUCAGGAAUCAGUGGCGGGCAAGCGGCUUGUACUAGCAUCCUAACUAUUGCCAAGUUUUUUUUACAAACACCUGGCACCAGCAGAUUCCAGAGUGGUGUGGGGAGGGAUGCCUGGCCCAUGGGGACCACCAGUAACCCUUUACAAGUUGUAUGCAGCCCCCAAGCUGCCAAUAGGACAGCACUGCUAUGGGAUCUUAGCAUCUGUUAACCGACUACUUUCAUGUUAUUGCAGUGGCAGGACAUUAGUACUGUCUUUGUUGUCUGUGUUUUUACCUAUGGUGUGUUUUAGAAUGUCCUUGAUGUGUUAUUUAUUGUGCCUUGUAUUUGGAUGUGGAGCUUCAAAGUGAUAAGAUGAGGGGGAUUCCUUGACUGUUUAUGUAUGUAGGGGACUUGACUUGUUCCAGGAGGCCCCUUUCAGUUCUUGUGUUCCUUUGCCUCCUAACUCACAGCGUAAUAGACAGACAUAUGAUCUACAUCAGCAGUUCCCAGUCUGUGGUAUGCAUACCACCAGUGGUAUGCAGACAACCUGUCAAUGGUACAUGUUAACAGAUUUAUUAUAAUUACUUUAUCUGACAAAAAUUAGCUGGUGGUACUUAAGGUUGAAUUGACUAAUUUGCCUGUGGUAUUUAAGGUUGUAUCGUUUUAAAUGGGUAGUGCGCAAUUUAUUUGAGUUUGGAACUGUUGAUGUACAUUUUUCUGCAAAAGCAGAAUUUUGGAACAUUUGUUAAACUGACCAGAGUUUAAUAGGAGUACCCCAAUAUCACAAUACUGUAGAACUCAAACCUAGUUCUUAUCCUUAACUUACUCAAAAUAUUGGCUAUCGUGUAAUUUAUUAUAGUGGUUGUUAUGUAAUUUGGUGUCUUGAGCAGCUUGUCUGCAUUAUGCAAAAUGUGGUACCAUGUACAAACUUGUCGUUUAUUAACACUCAAACUUUACAUGGGUUUUCCUGGUUAGUAGGUAACCUUGACUUAGAGGUCCACAUAAAUCACUAGAAGGGAAUACCUAAAACAAAAAGAAUCCUAAUGUGAUGAUUAAGAUGACUCUUAAGUUGUUAUUUUAGACUAAACUUUAAGGUACAUGGGAUGGGAUGAGAUACAGUACAGAAGCCUGCCCCCAUGGAAUUCUUGGUAGCAUCUGGAGCUCUGGUUCUUUUGGCAGGUGAUUAUAUGAAGUUUGCCUUUCAUUUUGAAGGAAUUUUACUGCUGCUUUUCAUCCUCUUUGUUCUUUUUGUAACCAUAGCCUUUCCUAAACAAAGCUUUUGUUUUUCCAAACAGAUAUUUGGGGUUUUCUUUUAUUUUAGUAAAUGGAAUUGAAGGUGCUUACAGGAGUAACAAGACUCUGUUCAGAUGCCUGAGAGUAAUAGAAUUUUAAAACCAGGAGUAAAUAUAACAGUUACUUAGCAAGGUACCUAUGUAACAAAGGCACUAGAUUCUCACUCACAAAGUAAAUAACCAGAUGUGAAUGUGUGACCACUUGCACACAAAACAGUAACCAAUCCAUUAUGCAGUUUUCCUGCUUUUAAGGUUGGUGAUCCCUUAUUUAGACCAAGCAAGUAGCUUAUUUCCUAUGAAAAUGGGGGGAAAAAAACACAUCAGUGAUGAAAAGCCCAUAUAGUGAGCAUAUGUGUGAUUGAAGAGACCGACGAAGAAACUUGAUCUUGGAGGAGAAGGGUGUGCAAUGACGAGGGACUAAUCCAGUGAAGGAUUACAUUGACUAAUAACAAGCUCCUAUGGCUAGGGGUCCUGUCAGCUGCAGCACUCCCAUCCACUAGAGUGCAUGGGGUGCGCCUGCAGCUGUGAGCCCUAUCAGCUGUGUAUGUCUCUGCAGCUGAGAGCCUCAUCAACAGAUGGGGCUCCCAGCCACAAGGGAGCACCUGGCCACAAGUUCAAUUAAUGGUGUGAUAGGAAGGAGCUCGUUGCACAUUUUUUGUUGAAUAACUUUGUGGCUUAUUCCUUGUUCUAUUACACCCUUGAUUGAUUGAACAUGUGGCCAGGUUACAACUUAAAACAUGAUUAAUUGGUUAAGCACUUCUGAAAUGUAGUGUGCGGUACAGGCCACCGAGGCAGAACUAUAGGGAGCCUAAUCAAGCAGGGAGGUACCUAGAGAAUUCAGGUGCCCAAGAAUUAGGCAGCAGCCAAGCAGGAACUUUCUGAAUUGCAGUUACAGGCUUACAUGGCUAAACUCAGCCCUAAGGCCUUAAUCGCCUCUAACCCAAAGUGUGAGUUAUGAUUGGCUUUUAUCCAAAGAUUGCUUCAAAAUCUUGCAUGGUCUCUUUCCCCACAUAAUUUUUGUAAUAACUGCAUCCUGAACUUUUAUUAAAUUUUAAAUAGCUCAUUCUGUGGACUGUGAGCAUAUGUGCAUGUAGAUAUGUUCCAUGUAAGCUUUGGCAUGGUGAUAUUAACUCUCCAGUAGGAAAGACUAUAUCUGGAUACCCAGUCCAAAGAAGAUAUUUUUCCUUUACUUUCCACAGGUGCAAGUCAACAGAUUGCAAGGCUGCGGAGAUUUAGUUUAUCUAAAUGAAAGGCUGGGCCAGCUGAAGUGAAGUAUCAAAUAGUGUGCCUUCCACAGUUAGUUCCAGCUGGAAAUAGAAACCAACUUUUUUCUGUUGGUUUUCAAUGAUACCUAUAGCUGCAAGUUGGAUCUCAGACUACUCUACAUCACUGGCUUAUGUGAUAAUGGUCAGAUUCUUAUUAUGAGCCUGCACUAUAUAGUACUUGCUCCUUCAUAUGUUUUUGUUCUUUUAUUGCAUCUGAAAUCUGCAUCUCGCAAAUCAGUUGUUACCCUUUGUUUUAUUUCCAUUUUUUGGACAUGUAGCUAUAACAUGUUGAUGAUUUGAAUAUUUUAUGCCUACAACACUUGGAGCAUACUUGAUUAGACUUUGUUAAUAAAAUCUUUUCUUAACCCUACAAGGUUGCGCUUUGUAUAGAGCCCACUUUCUCAACAUUGUGUUAGUCUCAAUUUGUGGUUUGAUGGUCACUUGAAACCACUGAGAUGCAUCUUAUUGUUAAUUACUUUCUGUGAGAAGGUCAAUUAAAUAUAAAAAAAAUCUGCCAGUGAAAACAGAAACUAGAACUUGAGUAACAAUAAAUUUACCAAGGCCUUGUUCAAGGAGACCUCUCAAUUUGAAAUCCAGUCAACUAAAAUGCAAAUUAAAAUUAGCCUUGGGUCCUAGUGCCUGUCCAUUAAUGUCCUUUCGAACUUACAUGGAUCUGCAAUGUAUUUUUUUUUUAGUAUUUAAACAUGCCUUUUUUUUGCCUUUCUUCCCUAUCUCAUAGCUGUGUGAAAAAACUACAAAUAACGCAGGAAGCUAAAUCAAGUUCUGAUUCUCCAAAUAUCUCACAUGUGAUCAGUGUCCCACUGAUUACUAGUUGCCUGAUUAAAGUUAUUCAUUAUGUAA